AUGGGGAAUUAGCAUCGUUACCUGAUUUAAAAUCGGCAGCUUCACCUUUUAAGGUUUUUAUUCUUAAUGUAAGCUGUUCAACUGUUUAUAUCCUUGUAUCCUUAUCUGCAUUAAAUUUAGGUUUCAGGGGAAGGUCAUUAAAUAAAACCCCCCCUGCUGCAGAAUUAUGGCGAGUAUUUUAGGCUUUCAGACUCAGAUCGCCUCUGUUAUGGAGGUUUUCGCGAACGCUGCUGUAGCGGAGAUCUGUAAACUGGUGGAGAUGAACUACAGUCAGUUACAGAUAGAGAUAUUAAAAAGCCAGAAGGAGAAUAAUAUACUCAAACGAAAGCUAAAGAUGAUCGAAAUCCGGGAGGCGUUUUAUAAAAGAGCCCAUAAAAUGAAAGGUCCUGACGGUAAAGUAUCAGGGCGAAUGGUCCGCGUAAAGAUUAGACCUUUGGAUAACCGGCACACCAGUGAAGGUGUAGAGACUCCCAGUGCACCAGAGGGUUUAGUUCCACCUUCUACUCAGGAGCAGUCUUUAACAGAGAGUUUGGAGGAUGCAGAGCCUGAUGUUCUCAUCAUUAAGGAAGAGAGAGUAGACAACACAAGAAGGAAAGAAUCUGAGCUGGAACAGAGCCUUGGAGAUGAACAAAAAAAACAGUACAGGGGUUCUGAGGACAGAGAGAACUUCCUGCCGCAGAACACCAUCCAGAUGUGUCAACAAGAGUGUGAUGGUGAAGGACGUGAUUUUCUCAAGGAAGAAAAUCUGGAGCAACAUGGUGCAGAAGAUGGCAGAGACCUGCAGAGAAUCAAUGGUAAUCCUCCUAAGGAGAGAUGUUCUGACGCAGAACCUGAAGCUGACCUGCAGUCUUCUACUAAUGCUUCAUGGGACAGCAGCAGGUUUGACACAGCCAGCCACAGCCUCUCCUAUCCGGGACGAGACUGCAGCGUAGGGACCUCCAUGAACGAGUACUACAUACAUCCAGGCACAGGAGAGACUCUCUGUCACUUUGAAACACAGAUGAAUUUAAACAAUUCAUCUCUUCCUGAUGUGGAUGGCCAUUUAGCUCACAGUGAAGAGACUGGGGCUGAUAGAAUGGUUUCUCAAACUGAGAUGCCUUCAUUCAAACCAGGAUUUACCCUGCAGAUGAUGAAAGAGAGGUUUGGGUGUAAGUACUGUGGAAAACCCUUCCCUAACACCAGUGCACUCAUUUUACACCAGAGAGUUCACACUGGGGAGAAGCCCUAUUACUGUACACUCUGCGGUAAAAGAUUUAGUCAAUCGUCAAGUCUGAAGAAACAUCACAGCAUUCACCUGGGGGAGAAGCCUUUCAGGUGCGUCCACUGUGGCAAACAGUUCUCAGACCAGAGCAACCUGAGGAAGCAUGUGAAUGUUCACACGGGUGAGAAACCAUAUGGCUGCAGCCAGUGUGGAAAAACCUUCAACCAGUCGUCCAACCUCAAAACACACAUGAAGAUCCACACACGUGAGAAACCUUUCGGAUGCGAAAGAUGUGGACAGAUAUUUGCCUACAAGAAUAGCUUAGUGAAACAUCAGCAGAAGAACUGUAUGGUUCAGCAAAGUCAGGUUGGACAGUUCUACACUCCAGAUCAUUAGCAGAACAGGUUCUCCACUAACUCUCUCUGAAUGGAUGUAAGUUGUACUACACAGGUCAGAUUUAAGAUUUAAACACCUUCACUCAAGGGCUGGGAGACUGUGAAGUACUACAUGUUUAGAAUUUUACACCCCAUCCGAGCCAAACACUUAAAGGGGAACUCCACCUAUUUUUUCCAUUUGUGUAUAGUUCAUUGGUUGAGCUGUAAACAAAUUCAUUCAGAGUGGUUUGAUGUGAAAUAGUUCUUUGUAGAGAAACUUACUGACUUGGAUUGCUUAACAGUGGUGGUGAUGGGAACCAGGGGUCAUAAUGUCUUCAACACAAAUAUAGCCAUUUUAUUUACUCUCUAAAAGUACCAGUGAACCAACAUGUAUCUUCUGAGUUUUUAUGUGUAAUGUUCAUAAUGGUAAAAUAGUGGUAAACCUCAAAAAGGGUUUCCUUUGGGGACUAUUUUGACCCAUUUUAGGCCAAAACCCUAUCCCAAACUAUAACAAUGUCAUAGGCAUCUGGCAGCAUGUUGAUAACCAUUUCAUGUAAUAUCUUUCUGUUAAGUAGUUUUUGGCAAUAAAAUCUUCAGAUGUCUAGAAAUUGUGCAAAAAUGAAAUUUAUAAAUAGUUAGUCCUUUUAUUCCAAACCAAUGCCUCUUUGUAAAACGUUCAUGUGAUCAGAUUUGAAAUUCCAUGGAUUUCAUCUUACAUUAAAAGUGACACACAAAUCGGGAGUUAUUAAACCUGGAAAUUAAGUAAAAAUGUUUAUACAUAUGCAAACUGAAAACUUUUUUGUGCUCAUUCACUUUUAUGCUAGUGCACAAUCAGUUUUUUGUUGAUGGAGGAUUUUUAGUCAUGCUUGUGCGACAUUAGCGCGAUGGGAUGGAAAAUCAAAUGUGUACAUGAUUUUCCAUUUACCUCAAAUCAGUCGAUCAGCCAAGACAUAUUUGGUGCCCAUAUUUUUUUUAGAACUGAAGCUGCUAGGCUAAUGGUGCUAACAAACACUGAAAGUCAGUAGUCAUCCUAAACAUUUACAUAAAUACUGAAGUUUUAUGUAUUUGCUUCAAGUCAUGUCGAUAAGCCAAAUAAAGUCUUAAAAAUUAUGUUUUAAAA